UCCGCGUCGCGCGUCGCUAGCAGCGCCCGUCCUCGCUCCCGCACUCGCGCCCGCUCGACAUGAAGUCCACCAAAGUCAAGGGAGCCCGAACCAAGAACAUGGACAAGCUCAUCGCAGCCGUCCAAGCGAGAGAAUGCCUGUGGGACAAGAGCUACCGAGGACAUCGGAACAGGUUCAAGUUGGAGAGGUAUUGGAACGAGGUGGCGGCUGAAGUCGGGACUACGAGUUUGAACUGCAGAAAGAAGUGGAAGAAUCUAAAAGAUCAAUGCCGAAAAGAAAUGAAGAAAAAUCCGACGGAUUCCGACUGGCCUCACUUUCCAAAGCUCAAGUUCAUCCACCAUCAGUUCUUGGCUGAAGAGGAAGAAGGGGACGAGGAUACCACAGACGAAGUCUUCAACUCCUUGGACGAGUCCAUCAAGCAACCCAAACUUGGUUAUACCAUGAGGAAGAAGCUCCUCAUGAAUAAACGUAGAACCAUAGAUGUUGAUAUGAAUAAGUUGAUUGAUUUAGUUCGAGUUAGAGAUAUCAUUUGGAACAGAUCUCUUAAAGGACACCAUAAUUGGUAUAAACUUGACGAGAGCUGGAAGGAAAUUGCGCAGGAAUUGAAUUGUACACGUGACGAAGCAAGACUCAAAUGGAAAUACCUAAGAGACCAAGCCCGAAAAGAGGUCCGAAAACAAGAUUCCGAAUGGGAAUUCCUUACCAAACUGCAAUUCUUAACUAACCAGUUUAACGAUUACGAAGGCAAUGAGAACAAUGAUGAUUCCUUUAAUCCUGAUCAAGAUUUUGAUGCAGAUCAAAGUACCAGUUAUUAUAUUGAACAACCUGCAACAGUCAGUGUUAAAGAGGACGAUUUUGAUGAAUUUGAAACAAAACCUAUUAUUAUGGAGACAGAUUUCUAUGACGAUGAUGAUGAAGCACAAAGAAGUAUUGUACCUACACCUGGAGAACCUCUGAAAGAUGAGGAUAUUGGCUUCUUUAAUAGCCUUAUACCUCAUGUUAAGAAGUUAGGGCCAGCGAAGAAGUUGAUGUUAAGGAUGAAGAUUCAAGAACUAGUUUAUAACACGGUUUAUAAUCAAUAGGUUGAAGAACAAGUUCGUUGCUUCUUGAUAAUUAAAUAAGACCUCUGUCAGAGAGAUUACUUUUGAAUUAAUGUGGAUUAAUAUUUUGGGGAAUGCAACUCGCGGGGUUUUAGAUGUGUCUCGACGAAACCUGAUCGUAUUACGAAUGGUCUUUCUGUGUUUGUAAAUAAACAGCUUUCAUCGAUUUUAGUAUCAGUGGAAAAAAAUGCGUACAUUAAAUAAAUAAAAAUACAUAAUUACCGUAAAUCACAAUUAUAGAAAAUAAGUAGAAAGUUUUAAUAGAGAAGAGUAAUUUUGUUUUUGGAUAAAAAAAAUCAUAAAAAAGAAAGAUUUCUGCAUUAAUUCAAUUCUUGUUUCACAAAUAUUCAAGUUACAUGCUCAAGACACAUUAUUAGACACAAUAUGAUCAGAGGAUUACUUGUAUUAAGUUUAUGAAUAUUUUUAUUAUUAGAUAUCUUUUGUAUAUAUUUUUCUUCUUUUUCUAUGGUUGAUGUACAACCUGGUGUCAGUGUCUGACAUGUCUUCACACAUGAUUCAAGAUUUCUUAGGAGACGAAAUCCAUCACAAUGUUUUUCUUCACCGUUCUUAGUAAGUGAUAAUUACUGUAAUACACACAUUUCGAAAAGACACUGGUAAGUGUCGGGAUUCAAACAUGCGAUCUUUGACUUUGCAGUCCAGCGGUCUUACAACAAGACUAUUACUACUAUAAUUAUUAGUUUUGUUAAAAGAUAUAUUAUAGAGGAUUCAGUAUGAACAGAAAGUUAUAAUCUAUUCACAAAAUGUUAAGUAAUAAAACUAGAAAAAAUAUAUCGGUCAAGGUUCAAAUAAGAACCUUAUUCAUUUGUGUUAAGGUAUUAUUUAUAACACACAUGUAUGUUUAAUAUGGUACCGAAAAUAUGGUAUUUGAAAAAGAUCUUCAGAAAAAUUAAGACUGA